GUCUCAGUGUCAUGUCAGACAGCAUGAUUAUGGAUGCCAUUGCCUCCUUCUUGGUUUUGCCAAACCGCCUGGUUGUCCCCUUGGUUCCUGGCCUGCACGUGGCCCAACUACGCUCUCCUUUGCCAAGGGGUGUGGUACGCAUCCACUUGGUGGAGGCACAGAAACUAGCUGCAAAGGACAACUACGUGAAAGGGGUCAUGGCCGGCUUGUCUGACCCUUAUGCCAUAUUGAGGGUCGGCCCUCAGACCUUUACAUCCCAGCACAUUGACAACACAGACUCUCCCAAGUGGGAGGAAAUGUAUGAGGUUAUUGUCCAUGAGGUGCCUGGUCAAGAGUUGGAGGUGGAGGUAUAUGACAAAGACCCAGACCAGGAUGAUUUCCUGGGCAGGGCCAAACUGGAUUUGGGCAUUGUGAAAAAAUCCAUAUAUGUCGAUGAU